AAGGCUUUGGGCUGCAGGGCAAAGCUUUCAUCUUUUUUCUGAAUGACCUUCUCAGGCCCUGAGACCCCCUGAAGGAAGUCUUGCUGCUGAAGGGAGGGAUCCUUGGCCUCCACAGCUGGCCACAUGAGGGUGGUGCUAGGCCUCCUGCUCCCUGUCCUGCUGGUGGAGCUGCUGGUGCCCAGCUGGGCCCUCGGUCCCCAUUCCUCAGAGUCCCAGGCAGGGAUGGAGACUCUGGAGCCCAAGGAUCCUCAGAACCAGACCUGGGAGCACAUGCAGGGUCCCCCUUAUGAAGAGGAGGAGGAGGAGGAAGAGAAGGGGGAGGCCUGGCUGAGGGCCCAUAUGCAGCCGCUCUCCAACGAGACUUCAAACUUUGGGUUCAGCCUGCUGCGAAAGAUCUCCAUGCAGCACGAUGGCAACGUGGUCUUCUCUCCACUUGGUGUGUCCUUGGUCAUGGCAGGCUUGAUGCUGGGGGCCAAAGGGCAGACCAGAGCCCAGGUGGAGCACAGACUCUGGCUGCAGGCACCAAGCGAGACACAGCCUCUGCUCCUGCCCGCCCUCUUCAAGCAGCUCCGAGAGACUUUCUCCAGGAGCCCUGAGUUGGGCCUUGCCCAAGGGAGCUUUGCCUUCAUUCACAAGGAUUUCGAAGUCAAGGAGACCUUCCGCAAUUUAUCCAAGAGGUAUUUCGAUACAGAGUUCGUGCCUACAAAUUUUCGCAAUGCCUCGCAGGCCAGAGGGCUCAUGAAUUAUUACAUUAACAAAGAGACUCGGGGGAAAAUUCCCAAGCUCUUUGAUGAGAUUAAUCCUGAAACCAAAUUAAUUCUUGUGGAUUACAUCUUAUUCAAAGGGAAGUGGCUGACUCCCUUCGACCCUGUCCUCACCGAAGCUGACACUUUCCACUUGGACAAGUACAGGGCAGUGAAGGUGCCCAUGAUGUACAGGGAGGGAAAGUUUGCCUCCACCUUUGAUAGAAAUUUUCAUUGUCACGUUCUCCAACUGCCCUACCGAGGAAACGCCACCAUGCUGGUGGUGCUCAUGGAGAAAAUGGGAGAUCACCUGGACCUGGAAGACUACCUGACCACAGACCUGGUAGAGACGUGGCUCAGAAACAUGAAAACCAGGAAAAUGGAGGUUUUCUUUCCCAAGUUCAAGCUGGACCAGAAGUAUGAGAUGCACGAACUGCUCAGGCAGAUGGGAGUCAGAAGAAUCUUCUCGCCCUUGGCUGACCUCAGUGGACUAUCAGCUGCUCCAAGAAAUCUGCAGGUGUCCAAGGUUUUACAACAAUCAGUGAUCGAAGUUGAUGAAAAAGGAACAGAGGCAGUGGCGGGAACCCUGUCAGAAAUGAUUGCUUACUCCAUGCCUCCCGUCAUCAGAGUAGACCGGCCAUUUCACUUCAUGAUCUAUGAGGAAACCUCCAGGAUGCUCCUGUUUCUGGGCAGGGUGGUCAACCCGACUGUCCUGUGACUCAGGACAUGCAAGAGCACUCAG